AUGAAUCACACCAACUUCACACCAGAAGCCGACGUGGCUGUCCGAUCCAAAACUAUCACCGAAAACAUGCUUAUUACCGUGUCUCUGUCCAUAAUUACAACCUUGACAAUGCUGCUGAACUCUUCCGUCAUUUCGGCAAUCUGCCUGACGAAGAAGCUGCACCAGCCUGCCAACUACUUGAUCUGCUCGCUGGCUGUUACGGACCUGCUUGUCGCCGUUUUGGUCAUGCCCUUGAGUAUCACAUACAUCGUGAUGGAAAGGUGGACUUUGGGAUACUUCCUGUGCGAGAUAUGGCUGAGCAUAGACAUGACCUGUUGCACGUGCUCGAUCCUUCACCUUUGCGUCAUCGCGCUGGAUCGAUACUGGGCGAUUACAAAUGCGAUCGAGUACGCCAGGAAGAGGACGGCCAAGAGAGCUGGAGUUAUGAUUGGCACAGUGUGGACAAUAUCCACGUGCAUCUCCAUGCCUCCUUUGUUUUGGAGAAACCACAGCGCCGACACCAAUUCCAGCGAGUGUCAGAUUCAACACAACCACGUCAUCUACACCAUUUACUCUACGUUUGGGGCCUUUUAUAUCCCUUUGACCCUCAUAUUGAUUCUCUAUUACAGAAUCUACCACGCGGCAAAGAGCCUUUACCAAAAACGAGGGUCAAGCCGGCACCUCAGCAGCAGGAGCACCGACAGCCAAAACUCAUUUGCGAGUUGCAAGCUCACGCAGACCUUCUGCGUCUCAGACUUCUCCACAUCAGACCCGACCACGGAAUUUGAUAGGAUGCAUGCUUCGGUGAGGACCUCCCCCUUUGACAACGACCUGGAUUUGGUUGGAGACCGUCAACAGAUUUCCAGUGUGAGGGAGCGAAAGGCUGCACGCAUCCUGGGCCUCAUUUUAGGCGCCUUCAUUUUGUCUUGGCUGCCAUUUUUUAUCAAGGAGCUCGCUGUGGGCCUUCAGCUUAGCACCGUAUCGGCGGAAGUGGCUCACUUUCUGACGUGGCUGGGUUAUGUGAAUUCUCUUAUCAAUCCUCUCUUGUACACUAGUUUUAAUGAAGAUUUUAAACUUGCCUUUAAAAAACUCAUUAGAUGCUGGGAACACUCUUAA